GUUUUCCUGGAUAUUUGCAUAGAAUGCCUUUGCAGAAUGUUCUCACCCCAAGGAUAUCUGCCAGGGGUCCAUGUCUUGGCAGCUGGUCUUCGCAGAGUCUUUUGGAAACAAUGCCCUGGCACAGCCUCCUCUUGCUCCUCCAAAGAGCGGGGACAGUCCCAGGCACAGGAACCCUAAGUUGUCAUGGUGAUGGCACAGUCAGAAGGCUUAAGAGCCCCUCAGCUCAGUGUCUAGUGGGGUAAAAGCUAGUAGCCUUUGGAAGAACCUAGCUGGAAAGGAAGUUUCUUGUCUAGAGCUUUGCUUCCCACAGAUGCAUUUGCUUCUGAUUUUCGUGUGAAAACUGUUUUUCAAAGGUCACGUGAACAAGCUUCCCAGUGACACUCAGGCUGCAGCUGGGCAAUCAUCACCCACGGGACUGGUUUUCUCCUAAGUGUCACGGGUGGAGACAGGAUGCUCUGGGCACUGGCCCUGCUGGCUCUGGGCGUGGGGCCAACAGCUUAUGCUGGCGAUCACAGUGAAGACACAUCAUUUGACCUUUUCGGUGUCAGCAACAUUAACCGGAAGACUAUUGGUGCCAAGCAGUUUCGAGGGCCUGACCCUGGGGCACCUGCUUACCGUUUUGUACGGUUUGACUACCUCCCCCCAGUGAACACAGAUGACCUCAGCAGGAUCGUCAAGCUUGCGAGGAGAAAGGAGGGAUUCUUCCUCACGGCCCAGCUGAAGCAGGACCGCAAGUCUCGGGGCACACUCCUGGUGCUGGACGGCCCUGGCACCACCCAGAGGCAGUUUGAGAUUGUGUCCAAUGGCCCAGGGGACACCUUGGACCUCAACUACUGGGUGGAAGGCACUCAACAUACCAACUUCCUGGAGGAUGUGGGCCUGGCUGACUCCCAGUGGAAGAACGUGACUGUGCAGGUGGCCGGCGAGACCUACAGCCUGUAUGUAGGCUGCGAUCUUAUUGACAGCGUCACCCUGGAAGAACCAUUCUAUGAGCAGCUGGAAGCAGACAGGAGCAGGAUGUAUGUGGCCAAAGGCGCAUCUCGAGAGAGUCACUUCAGGGGCUUGCUGCAGAAUGUCCGUCUCGUGUUUGCGGAUUCUGUGGAAGAUAUUCUAAGCAAGAGAGGCUGUCAACACAACCAGGCAGCUGAAGUCAACGCCAUCAGUGAGCACACAGAGACCCUGCACCUGACCCCUCACAUCACCACAGAUCUGGUGGGCCAGGAUGUGGAGAAGACACAGGAAGUGUGUACACACUCCUGCGAGGAGCUGAGCAACAUGAUGAACGAGCUGUCUGGACUGCAUGUCAUGGUGAACCAGCUGAGCAAGAACCUGGAGAAAGUGUCCAGUGAUAACCAGUUCCUUCUGGAGCUCAUUGGGGGCCCUCUGAAGACAAGAAACAUGUCAGCCUGCGUGCAGGAGGGCCGGAUCUUUGCAGAAAAUGAAACCUGGGUUGUAGACAGUUGUACCACAUGCACCUGCAAGAAAUUUAAAACAGUGUGCCAUCAAAUCACCUGCUCACCAGCAACUUGUGCCAACCCGUCUUUUGUGGAGGGCGAGUGCUGUCCAUCCUGUUCCCACUCUGCAGACGAUGAUGAGGACUGGUCUCCGUGGGCAGAGUGGACCGAGUGUUCUGUCACCUGUGGCUCUGGGACCCAGCAGAGAGGCCGGUCUUGUGAUGUCACCAGCAACACCUGCCGGGGUCCCUCCAUUCAGACCAGAGCAUGCAGCCUGGGCAAAUGUGAUACAAGAAUCCGGCAGAACGGUGGCUGGAGUCACUGGUCGCCCUGGUCUUCGUGCUCUGUGACUUGUGGCGUUGGCAACGUCACCCGCAUACGACUCUGCAACUCGCCAAUGCCCCAGAUGGGUGGCAAGAACUGCAAGGGCAGCGGCCGGGAGACCAAGGCCUGCCAGCGUCCUCCGUGCCCGAUUGAUGGCCGUUGGAGCCCCUGGUCCCCUUGGUCAGCCUGCACAGUUACCUGUGCUGGAGGGAUCCGCGAGCGCACACGUGUUUGCAACAGCCCUGAGCCCCAGUAUGGAGGGAAAGACUGUGUGGGGGAUGUUAAGGAACAUCAAAUGUGCAACAAGAGGAGCUGCCCUGUUGAUGGGUGCUUAUCCAACCCGUGUUUCCCUGGAGCCAAGUGCAACAGCUUCCCCGAUGGGUCCUGGUCCUGUGGCUCUUGCCCAGAGGGCUUCCUGGGCAAUGGUACCCAUUGUGAGGACCUGGAUGAGUGUGCCGUGGUCACAGAUAUCUGCUUCUCAACUAACAAAGCUUCCCGCUGUGUCAACACCAACCCUGGCUUCCACUGCCUGCCUUGUCCCCCACGCUACAAGGGGAACCAACCCUUCGGGGUUGGCCUGGAGGCUGCUAGGAUGGAAAAACAAGUGUGUGAGCCUGAGAAUCCGUGCAAGGACAAGACUCACAACUGCCACAGGCAUGCAGAGUGCAUCUACUUGGGCCACUUCAGUGACCCCAUGUACAAGUGUGAGUGCCAGAUUGGCUAUGCCGGAGAUGGGCUCAUCUGCGGGGAGGACUCAGACCUGGAUGGAUGGCCCAACAGCAACCUGGUGUGUGCUACCAAUGCCACCUACCACUGCAUCAAGGACAACUGUCCCAAACUGCCAAACUCCGGGCAGGAGGAUUUUGAUAAGGAUGGAAUUGGAGAUGCUUGUGAUGAGGACGAUGACAAUGACGGUGUGAGCGAUGAGAAGGACAAUUGCCAGCUUCUCUUCAAUCCCCGUCAGUUAGACUAUGACAAGGAUGAGGUUGGAGACCGCUGUGACAACUGCCCCUAUGUACACAACCCGGCUCAGAUUGACACAGACAACAACGGAGAGGGGGAUGCCUGCUCUGUGGACAUUGAUGGGGAUGAUGUUUUCAAUGAGCGAGACAAUUGUCCCUAUGUCUACAACACUGACCAGAGAGAUACAGAUGGUGAUGGAGUCGGUGACCACUGUGACAACUGUCCUCUGAUGCACAACCCUGAUCAGAUGGAUCAGGACAACGAUCUUGUUGGUGACCAGUGUGACAACAACGAAGAUAUAGAUGACGACGGCCAUCAGAACAAUCAAGACAACUGCCCGUACAUCUCCAACUCCAACCAGGCUGACCACGACAAUGACGGCAAGGGCGACGCCUGCGACUCUGACGAUGACAACGACGGCGUCCCCGAUGACAGGGACAACUGCAGGCUUGUGUUCAACCCAGACCAGGAAGACUCAGACGGCGAUGGCCGAGGUGAUAUUUGUAAAGAUGACUUUGACAAUGACAACGUUCCAGAUAUUGAUGACGUGUGCCCCGAGAACAAUGCCAUCACUGAGACAGACUUCAGGAACUUCCAGAUGGUCCCUCUGGAUCCCAAGGGAACCACACAAAUUGAUCCCAACUGGGUAAUUCGCCACCAAGGCAAAGAGCUAGUGCAGACAGCAAACUCGGAUCCCGGCAUUGCCGUAGGUUUUGAUGAGUUCGGGUCUGUGGACUUCAGUGGCACUUUCUACGUCAACACUGACCGUGACGAUGACUACGCCGGCUUCGUCUUUGGCUAUCAGUCGAGCAGCCGCUUCUACGUGGUGAUGUGGAAGCAGGUCACCCAGACCUACUGGGAGGACAAGCCCAGCCGGGCUUACGGCUACUCUGGUGUGUCACUCAAAGUGGUGAACUCCACGACGGGUACCGGCGAACACCUGAGGAAUGCCCUGUGGCACACGGGAAACACAGAAGGCCAGGUGCGCACUCUGUGGCACGACCCGAAAAACAUUGGCUGGAAAGACUACACCGCCUACAGGUGGCACCUGAUUCACAGGCCUAAGACCGGCUAUAUGAGAGUCUUGGUGCACGAAGGGAAGCAGGUCAUGGCUGACUCGGGGCCAAUCUACGACCAAACCUAUGCUGGUGGACGGCUGGGUCUGUUUGUCUUCUCCCAAGAAAUGGUCUACUUCUCAGACCUCAAGUAUGAGUGCAGAGAUGUCUAGAGAGCAGGGCUAUAGUUCCAGCAACGUGCUACAGAUGCUGUCUCCUAGACACAUCGGUCCAUCUUGGUACUUGCAGCUUUUCUGUCUCACGGCGUUUCCUGUUUCUUGACCUUAACUGAGUGGAUCUGCAGCUCUUUCAUCAGCGCCCAGUCUAAGUGCCUUCCAGGGAUAGACCUUAAGGGGGUCCCCAAGAUGAGCGCCCAGCCUGCGACCGGAAAACAGUGUGAUGGAGUACGAGGCCCACUGUGGAGUGGAAACCGAGCAUGCCUUCGCAAUCGCCUCUUCUCAUUUGUUUAGCAAGAAUGACGUUUACAUGUAAAAUGUAAUUACUUACGGUAUUUAUGUGUAUAUGGAGUUGAGGGGAAUAUUGUGUACAAGUCAUUCUCAUAAAUUAAGCAUGAAAAACAUUGCCCACCUACUUUCAGUGCGUAACGUUGUUGCUGUUCCUGGAUCUGUGCUGUUCUACAACAGCACGCAAAUCCUGAGAGGUUGGUUAUCAGGAAAGAUCAGGAGGCCUUGGCUGCAGUAGGAAGAGGCCAGAAGACAGUCACCCAAGACUGCGGCCCCUUUGUCCAUUGAUAUGAAACACUGACUAAUAGGAACAUAGAAAGUGAUUGCAGAAUUAGAUGAAAACUGCUUCUUACCCCUCUUGGCCCACAGUUACAGCUGAUUUGACAAAGACUUUGCAGAGGGGAAUCUUUCAGGGUUCCAGCUGUGGCUUCUCAGCAGAGGUAACUUGGUGUUAAACUGGCUGCCUGGGCUGGGCCUUGUGGAAGCCAUCAGGCUCUGUACACUGACUGCUGGGAUCUCUCUUUGGCCAUCUUCCCCUGUCCCCGAUACUAGGAAACAGACCAACAGAUAAGUUGGCAAUGCACUUUGGUACCCUACCCUACUCUAGGCUUUGGAAUGAUGCAAAACUGCUUUUGCAGAAUUUGGUAACACAUUCAUUAAGGUUCCCAGCACAGCUGUUUUGUUAAUAUUUAUUAAAUGAAUUUGGAAUGUAUCUCCACUCACCAAUAACUUAUUUUAAACAUACAAAGUAACAAAGAAAUAACCAUCUGACAAGGAUAUAAAGAUACACUUACCUAGUAUCUGCUAGUUGACAUACAAGGCUCUAUGUCAUGAUGAAAUGGAACCUUAAUAUGCACAGUUACCAAUGAUUUUCAUUCAAUUUUUUACUGUUAUCUAUUUGCUGUACAUAGGUUUGCUGAAGGAAACAUCAUUUGGUUUUUUUUUUCAGACACACCCAUUAGUCAGUCACUUCAUAACAGACAUAUGCUUGGUUUAGAUUAUUUUAUUUUAUUUUUUGCUUUAAGCUACAUGAUCUCCCAACAGGAAGUGCUGCCUCUCUCACUCCACAUGAGUUCAGUGGAACUAUAUCUUGUCCCUCCAGCGGGAGUGGGUCAUAAUUCCCUUCCUGGUAAUGAUCACUGCAUUUCUAAGUCAGGUAGAAAGAGCCUAUGGCUUAGAUCUGGGUUUCCAUAAUUCAUCUUAAUGUAGUUAGUUAUUUGUGUUGGUUAGGGGCGAGUUUCCCUGUGUUUCCUUAUCCUGCACUUUUUACUUUUUGUGAAGCUGUAUUCCCAAGGCCAACACAGGGCUGGGAGGCGUGUGAGCAUGAGGACUUGGAAGAGCAUUUGGUCUUUCACUUGGGGCAUUUGGUUGAGUGGUACAGGGUGGUGGGGACGGUGUGAAUACGUUCAAUGUACCAUAUUAUUUCUGUAAAUUAUUUAUGUAGUUUAAAAAAAAACAAGAGCUUCUCGUUUUUGCCAAAGAUUGUAAAUAAUUAUUUAUUUGUUCAUUGGGUCAAAUUUUCACCACUGAAACCCUACGUUUAGCUAGAGCUUCCUUUUUAUACCAGAGAUUAACAACAGCAAAUAAAUUAUAAAAAGCUUUCUAUAAGUGAAUCUC